GGUUGUUCAACUAUCGCACAGUUCGCAGGCUGUACGACUAUUGCUGACGUGUGUGGGCCGACAAACGAUGUUGUGCUUAUCGCUUUAGCACUGAGAGACGCUCGUUCGCUCGAUUACAGUUCCAAAAAAGUUGAAGCAGUGUAACAACCAUGGGACAAAAUUAAUUGUAAAAAAACGAAUACAAAUUAAUUGCAAGUGUAAAAUGUCACAAAUAAUAUAGUCAAAGCACAAACGCGCACUCGCCAUAAUGGAGGUGUUCCAAACCGAUACGCAUUACAUUUUCGUAAAGCGGGACAAGAGUCUCUGGUGGAAUCGCAAAACAUCUGAAUUUACAAUAAAGCCAGGAUGGGAUCUGAGCUCUGUGGAAGAUAUCGAGUGUAUUGGUAUUACGCAUGGCAUUGUGGGCGUCAUUUCGCUACCAAAUGUCUAUGAGCCACAUUUGGUGGUUGUUAAGGAGGCAACGGCCGUGGGAGUCCUAUAUCCGCCGCAUUUGGUAUACAAGAUCAAAUCCAUUUGCAUACUCAGUGCCGAUGAGCCGGAUACUGAUCUGCCCAACUGCACCAAACAUACAAAAAGUAACAGUUCCACGCCAACUCACAGCGCCUCCUCAAGAAACAAUAGCAACAGCAAUGCGAGCGGUAGAGCGGCUCCAGCGACUUUCGCGAAGAGCACGAAAAUCUUUGACGGCAUGAAUAAGACCUGGGGUGCGGUCAAGAGCGCUGGCAGCACAAUCAAGGCUACCACACAGCAGGCGGCCAAUUUGGCCACCAAACAGGUGAAGAGCUCGGUGGGCAUACGGGAGCCCAGACACAUCGAGCGACGCGUUACGGAGGAGCUGCACAAGAUAUUCGACGACACGGAUAGCUUCUACUUUAGUUUCGACUGCGACAUAACCAAUAAUCUGCAGAGGCACCAUGUCGGCGAGGAUAAUGCACCAUCACAGCCAGAUGAGAGGUUCUUCUGGAACAUGCACAUGAUCCGAGACAUACUCAAAAUGAAUGAUAAGACAUGGAUACUACCCGUCAUUCAGGGUUUUAUGCAAGUGGAAGCCUGCGUUAUAGGCAAUGACUGCUUCACAUUGGCAUUGGUUUCGCGACGAUCUCGUCAUCGGGCGGGCACCCGAUACAAGCGGCGCGGUGUGGAUGAGAAGGGCAACUGUGCCAAUUAUGUGGAGACGGAGCAGAUACUCUCAUUUCGACAUCAUCAGUUGUCGUUUACACAGGUGCGCGGCUCGGUGCCCGUUUACUGGAGUCAGCCCGGCUACAAGUAUCGCCCGCCGCCACGAAUGGAUCGAGGUGUGGCCGAAACGCAACAGGCCUUUGAGCUGCACUUUACCAAAGAGCUGAACAUUUAUGAGCGCGUGUGCAUUAUCAAUUUGGUGGAACAGAACGGCAAGGAGAAACUGAUUGGCGAUGCCUUUGCAGAGCAUGUGAUAAAAUACAACAACGAACACCUAAUCUAUGUCACAUUCGAUUUUCACGACUAUUGUCGCGGCAUGCGCUUUGAGAAUGUCUCGGCAUUGAUUGAUGCUGUCGGUCCUGAGGCAGGCGCCAUGGGCUUUCAUUGGCGAGAUCAGCGCGGCAUGAUUUGCAAUCAGAAGUCCGUCUUUCGGGUGAACUGUAUGGAUUGCCUGGAUCGCACGAAUGUGGUGCAAACGGCAAUUGGCAAAGCAGUGCUGGAAUCGCAGCUGAUUAAACUGGGACUCUCGACACCCUACUCCUCAAUACCGGAGCAGCUUAAGACGCCAUUUAUGGUUUUGUGGGCAAACAAUGGUGACAUUAUAAGCCGACAAUAUGCCGGCACCAAUGCUCUGAAGGGUGACUAUACACGCACGGGUGAACGCAAGAUCAGCGGCAUGAUGAAGGAUGGCAUGAACUCGGCCAAUCGCUUUUUCAUACAAAACUUUGCCGACUCGUUCCGUCAGUGCAUUAUCGAUCUGAUGCAGGGUGAACUGCAGCAGGCAUCUGAAUUGCGAGAAGAUGAAAUCCUUGACACCAUUCUGAACAUACUUAGACCAGAGACACGUCCACCCUUGCGUGGCUUUUACAAUGCGGGCGUCCUGGGACCUGAGCUCAAGUUGCUUGAGUCGAUUGCCACUAGUAGCUAUUAUCUGGCACGUUUCAAGGACUCAUACCGCCAGGCCACCAUCGACCUUAUGCUGGGUAAUCAAGUUUCCUCGGAGUCGCUCAGUGCUUUGGGCGGCCAAACAGCUCCCGAGGAAGUGGAUGGCGAAAGUGCUGAGCAUGCAAAAAUGUUGGUGGAAGAUUGCCGCCGUUUAUUGCUUAGCUCCGAGCAGUAUCCGGUGGGCGCUUGGGGACUAAUCGAUGCCGAUCCCAACACUGGCGACGUCAACGAAACUGAGGUAGACUCCAUUCUGUUGCUUACCGACGAUUGUUAUAUGGUAGCCGAAUACGAUUCUCAUCUUGAUAAGAUUGUGCGCUUCAAAAAGGUGGCUCUGACGCAGAUGCGUCUCGUCGAGCUGGGCAUGUAUCAGCAAACGAAAAUCUUUCAGGGCUCUGCGCCGGCGCAUCUCUGCUUGCGCCUGAAUUAUUGUGUCGAUAAUCAGGAUGGAUACUUUCACAUGUUCCGCUCGGCCAACUUAAGGUUCUUUAACAACGCGGCAUAUGUUAUAAAGACGCCAGAAGAGUUAAGCGAAUCGAUGAAAUCGAUUGCGGAAAUGUUUCGAAUUGCUUUAGAUAACGCUGGUAAUCCGGAUGUGGAAUUCAUCGUUGGUGGAGUGUUGCAGCGUCGCAAGAGUAAGCUGCCAUUGCUGGAUGUGCCAAAGGGCAUGCCCCGUAAUUUAUCCGAAUCUCAGUUGGUGCAGAUUAGUUCCAAGGCGAUUUCCAACGUUGCCGGACAGUUCUCAAAGUUAGGCCAGACCUUUAAGAAGUCCCCAAGCACCACACAGCCUGGCAAUGUUGCUGCCACACUCAAUCCGCAAGUUAUGCGGCAAUCAGAGGGCACUGAUUUGGACCUCUGCCAGGAGGCCGAGAAGGCCGUCUUCACAGUUGGCGGCAUGCCGCGUGCAAGCAGCACCAGCAGUACGGAUACCGAGGAGCAUGACAAUAGCCUGUAUGAACCCGAUGUGGACUCGGAUGCUGAGAUUGCCUUGGACAAACCCAACUACAAAGAGAAUACUUUUCUGCCCUCAGUGGGCAUCGUGAUGGGCAGUCAAUUGGAGCAGCCCAGCUCCUCACAGAAUGUACAGAAGCUGGAGCAAAAGGAUAGCAUGUGUAAAACUGCUGAAGAUGUGCUAACUAUUUCGAUAACAACGGUAACGGAUAAUGUUUGCUUGCCCAAUGGCCUGCUGGAGAAUGCUCCGCCUAUGCGGCCAAUUACGCCAAAUCCGCUAAUUUGCGUUGAGGCCGACGAGGCACAGGAGGUGGACUUCGAAGCGAGUUUGGUAAUACCCCAGUCAAGUGUUGUUACCAAAGACAUGAGCCUGCCGCUGGGCCAACCAGUUAACUUUGAGGCCAACAAGCUGAAAACUAUUACCAAGCCAUUCUCCAAAUUGGCCAAAGGCAUGCAGAACAUUGGCAUGAAUCUGGAUCCACGGAAAAUAGCCAAUAGGACGGGCGUCCUGAGUCCUACGAGCGUGUCAGCUGAGAAUUCUCCCCCAGAACGUGACCCAGGCAGCCGGGAUGCUUUGCUGGAAUUGUGGUCAGCUGAGAAAUGCAAAUCGAAGUUAAUAGCUCUGUAAACGGGCACAAGCUUCAACUUAUAAACAUAUUUAUUUAUAAAUUAGUGCAGUGAUAUAAAUAAUUAAUUAAGCGCAGAGAUUAUUCUAGCUGUUUUAUGUGGCACUUCCAUUAUUGGGGAAACUAUAUUUACUUAUAUUACAUAUACUAUACUUAUAUUACAUAUACUAGUACAUGCAGCACGUAUAAAAUAACUAGUACAUUUAACUGUACACGAUAUUGAUUGCAAUUUUUGUGAUUGUUUUAACGUAGUGCGUUUAAUACUCUGAUUGUGAGUGUGUCAUUUAUUUGUACGCAAUGUAUGUUUAGGGAAUCAAAUUAUGUGUAAAUCAAAAGCAAUAUUAAUGAGUUAAAAGUAAAAUUAUAUUUCCAAUACUAUACAAACAUUUAUCUAGUCAGAUGUAGCAAAUAUUCACACAUGUGUUAUACAGUUUGCUAUGCCUUAUAUUAAUCACCAAUUGCUUCAACUUUAUUAUUCAAUAAUAGCGCUCUUAUGAAUGAAAACAACAACUUACACAAGCGUCAGAUUAGGGACAACUAACAUAACACACCCAACUAAACAACAACAAGGAAAAGACAAAAACAAACAAAAGACUUGGCCACUGAGUAAAUUUCAUAUUUUUACACUAAACACAAAAGAUAGCAAUUAACAUUUAGUAGUUUCAAAUUAGUAUAAGAACACCAAUAAUUUUCUAAGAACUACAUAAAAUGAAAUUCGAAAAGCCAACGAAUAUACACACAAAUUAUACACAGUACGAUUAACCGAUUAUAAAAUAUUUUACCAA